UGAAGUGUGACGAAGGCAAGACGAAGUCUUUAGGCAGCACGCGUUGACCAAACUAAGAGUCUAUUAAACAAGUUGUAUUUUUUUUUCUUUAUAUACAUUUCUGUUCACCUCUGUGAUUGACCAGCAUAGGAAUAACAUUUAGUAUUGAGGCAAGCUUUAAAAGCGUGAGUCUUUUGCAAAUAAGAUUAUUUGAAAAAAAGUUGAUGGGUGAUCGAUUGAUUGUGAGGCCAGUCUCGGGUAGACGUGUUCUAGCUGGUGUGGUUCGAUUACUUGAAGGCUUACACUUGACAGAACAUUGAGAACAAGAUUUGGAGAUAUUUACAUUUUUAAUUAAAAUUGCAAACGAGUUUAUUUUUGGCUUACACUUGUUUAGGACAAUUUAAAUCAAGCAACAAUAUACGAAAUUUGCUUAGUCUUAUCAACCAUAACAACAACAACAAAACCAUAAAAUCUCAAUAACAACUACAACAAAAACUUUUAGAAUCUGAACAUCAAUAACAAGAAAAACUAAUUGACACUCAACAAACACAUUGGAUAAAUUAAUAGUCGGGACUUAUUCAAAUGGAGAACAAAAAAGAAAAUCGAUUCAUCAAAACUGAUCAGAUGUGAUUUCUGCUUGUGAAGUUCAGUUGCUGAGUGUUGUUCCUACAAAGGUUGAUGCGAGGGAAAUGGUUGCUUCAAGUGAUAUUAUUCUUAUAGCAUUUGUUUGUUCGUUCAACGGCGUACUCAGUGCUAAGUACAUCUUCUUUGAACAGAAGGCUACCUGGUAUGAGGCCAAAAGUAUUUGCCAGAAUCAUGGCCAUAUGUUAGCCAAAGUUGAUUCAGCAGAUGACCAACAGUUAAUAAAUGACUCACAGAUUUGGAAAAAAGGAAACAUUUGGAUUGGCUUACAAAGGAUGCGUUCUGAAGAAAAUUUCACCAUCUGGGUAGAUUCUUCCCCUUUACAAUACGAUAACUGGGCAGAAGGAUUUCCAGGCCAUGAUCCUGGCUUUAACUGUGGACGAGUCAUCCCUGAAGACAAUACCUGGGAGUCAGCUGAAUGUUCCACCCAAGAGACGUUUCUUUGUCAAAGAACUGUGUACCAUCCACCAAACAUUGUAACCAUGGAGACGAAGAUUAAAGGACUGCUGUUAGGGGCUUUCCUCGUCGGGGGCAUGGUGGUAUUCCUGUGUUUGCUGCUUCAGAUGACCUGCUGCAGAAUUCGGGCGCUGGAUCGAAUCAAGCAGAACUUGAAUAACGAAACUGACAAGACUCCCAUCAUCUAGAUCAGUGCUUUCCAACCUACGACCCGGGGGCCAUAUCCAGCAAGUGACGCGGUGCUAUAAGACACCUCGACAUUUUUUUAACCCUCGUGCACAGAAAUCAUAAACUUGGUUCCGAUGGACUCAACUUUAUGUGUGUGUGCGUGAAUAAGGCCCCAGUGAAAUGCGUGUCGGAUAUGUGUGUGGCCCUCGCGCUGAAUAAGGUUGGGAACCACUGAUCUAGAUUUAUUAUUUGAAGAGUGACUAUCAAAACAGAGGAGUUCUCUAAUUUGUAUUAGUUCAUUAUUGUCAUUUUAAUAUCAUUUUAAGUGUUUAUAAUAAAUAUGUUUGUUUGUUGUCAAA